AUGCAACGUGAUCUUUCGCUACCGUGUCUACCAGGGUUCAGUUUAAAUAAAAACUUGGGUCGGACAAAUUUUCCUAGAAAUCAAUAUUUCGCUAAAAUACACGAUGGAGUUUAUUAUCUGUCAGAAAAGUCUGAUAAAGGCGAUCCCGUUCGUUACCCGUCGAUUUAUGUUCGCGGAGAAGCUCAAGAGUUACCACCAUGGAUUGUUUACGACGGCCAAAGAUUGAUGUUCAAGGCAUUCUUUCAAGAAACUGUCCACGAAAGAUGGAAAACAUCAUACCAAGUUCGUGUAGUAUAUAUCAGCUUCUUCUUAGAAGACGGAACAAUGAAAGUUUCUGAACCUUCUGUGGAGAACAGUGGUCUUGAGCAAGGUCUUUUAGUGAGACGACAAAGAAUUCCGAUGCCUGAUCCGGUCAGGUACAGAUUUUACGAUAUAAUUGAUUUGAAUAUCGGCAAAGAACCGGAAAUUUACGGGAGAGUAUACAAAAUAGUAGAUUGCGACAAAUUUACGAGGUUAUUUUUAAAUCGCAUGGGAAUUAUGGUCCCGGAUCCCAUAGAAGUACCCAAAGAUCCAUAUUCGGAUCUUCGUGAUCACGCGACGUUCCCAAAGAAACCUAAACGGAAGGUCGAUACUCGUGGCGAUUUCUUGAAAUACGACAAACAAGUCCUACGAUUUUACGGCUACUGGGACGACACGGACAGUCUUUACGGUUUCAUUCACGAUCUCGUGAUUCAUUAUUAUCUUUCUGAUAACACGAUCGAUAUCAAGGAGAAUGUGCCGCCUAAUUCUGGACGAGAUUCCGGUUUCAUGUUUCUACGCCGAAUGAAAGUUCCUAAAUUCUUCACCGAAAUCGACCCAGUUGGGACGGGAGAUCCUUUUACCGUUUUAAAUGUCAUGGGAGAGGACACAUCUCAGGGUUACUAUACGAUAGAUCCAUUGAACGCUGGAAAAAUUUCUAAGGAAUUUUAUAAGGAAAACGAGCUCAGUAUCGGUGCUCAAUUAAAUAUUUUUGGCAGAAUAGUUGUUGUAACUGAUAUGGACGACUUUACAAAGGAAUACUAUAGAAAAAAAUACGGUUUGGAUGACUUCACGCCUAUAGAAAGGCCUCGAAAGGGCACCGAGAUUUGCUUGGAAGUGAAGAAAUAUAUACCACCGUACAAUGGUUUCGGCACAUACGAAGAUUCCCUCUCAAAUUGCUUAAGAAUGAUACCAAAACCACCUAAAAUGGAUAUUGCUAAGUUUCUACGUUAUGAUAAGCAAGGUUUUGAUAGCUACGUUUUGAGAUUUAGAGCGAGAAUGAUAUCAAAUAUACCAGAGUGUCAUGAUAGACAGUUUAUUAUAAGAGUUUUCCUUAUGGACGAUACAAUUUCUAUUUUUGGACUGGCAAAAUCUAAUUCAGGUUUCAAACGAUGCGCCUUCCAGAAGAGAAUGCCGGUGAUGUUGCCUAAUCAAGAGAUAUUUGUAAGCAAGAAACCGGAUUAUUACAAGCCAGAGGAUUUCUAUAUUGGAGCACGUCUUAACUUGAACAAUUUUAUCUUCGAAAUUACCUCGGCGGACAUUUAUGCUCUUCGUUACAUGGAGUUACAUUGCGAUAAGUUCCCCAAAGCUAACGCCGAGUUAAUCGUGGCAAAAUUACGGCAAAUAUUGAAACCGGUUUACAAGGAAUUUAUGCAACUUUACACGCCAGCGAAAUCAAUCGACGAGGAUCUUCAAAUAUUGCAGUAUGAAAAACUCAGGGAAGCCUUGUGCAAGUAUUCCGAAGGUAAAUUGACAGAUCAAGAAAUAAUCACGAUCGCUCGACACUAUUCCUCUCACGAGAAGAAAGAAUUUCUCAGCCGGGAGUACGUAAGACAGCUAAUGCAUACGGAACUUUUGCGAUUUCUAUGGAACGAUCUCGAUCGUUUGGAAGAGGAUCUACAUAGCUGUGAUAGGGGAAGAACAGGAUUUUUACCACGUGACACGUUGUACACUGUACUUCGCGGAGGAAGAAUACCAGUUGACAUUGAACUUUUGAAUUCUAUGAUGGAUCACCUCCAUAAAAACGAGGAAGGGAAAUUGGAUUAUAAUGAUCUGCUGAGAUUUAUGAACGUGAAAAUUGAUCCUCUUCCACCCUCGCUACCAAUUAACAUCAAGACUGCACUUUGGUGGGCAUCAGAAAAAGAACCAGAUUGUGGAGCUGGUAUACACUGGUGUUCUUUUAUAAAAGAUUUAAAUAUCGAAGAUCCAGAAAUAAAUUUGGAUGAAAGUUCAAGUUCUCCGAAUAUGCAAAUUGCAAAAAUAGAUUAAGUAUCCUUUCUCAUUAAUUUGCUAUUUAUAGAAAAUUUAAAUCACGAACGACAAAAAAAAAAAAUGCACGAUUAAUGCUUCUAUUAUAUUAACGUACCUUUCGACCAUAACUACGAUAAUUUUUAUGACACAAUAUUGUACUCGCCAAAAGCAUGCAAUGUACACGUCACAAAAUAUACAACCUGUGACAAUCACUUUAAGGUGAAUAAAACC